AUGCAACUCUUUAUUAAUCAGAAGAGAAGCAUAAGCACUCUCAAAAGAUACAUUGGAAGGCUGGGCAUAGUCUGCAAAUGCCUCUCCAAAAAGGAGACUUCUAGCUGCCUUCUGCCGCUUCAAUUUGGUUGGGAGAGACUGUUUUAUACUUCUCCUUCAAAUAAUUUCUCCAGAUACUACCAGGAUUCCCGAAGAAAAUCUCCCCACGCCAUCUUCAUUAUGUGGCUAAGCAUAACCUGUCUCAGAUUUUUCAUCCCCAGCCCUCCUUUCUUAGGCAAAGCGAUCCGCUUCCAGCUGGUCCAAUGUUUGAUUUUAUCCAACAUCAGCUUAAAAUACAUGAACGUCCCUGAUGAUGCUGAGAUCACAAUCACCUGCUCUAUUGCUCUUGCACGGAAUUUUUUGGGGUUUCAUUCCCUGUCCAUUCAUUCGGGAUAUGAAGCAUCAGAUCCAGAGUUGCUGCCAGAGGGAGUCAUCUUCCAACUAAAGACACUUCCGGUGGGUGCUAGAUUUGUGGCUGAUGGAGACACCAUCACCGUUUUUGUUGACACGAGUGAUUCGAGGGAGUCGUUGAAUGUUCCUAAAGGAGUAAAAGAAGCUCUACUCCUAAGAUCCCAAGCUCGGGCAGCCAAGAAAUAUAAUGAAGCUGAUGACCUUCAUAAGAAGAUUAAGGAGGCCGGUUACAGAGUCAUGGCUGGUACAAAAAGUAAGGAAAUACUGGCAAAAAAAUAUCGCAUCAGACUAAGGGGGAUUGAUGCACCCGAAAGUCAAAUGCACUUUGGUAAAGAGUCGACGGAUUGGUUGAUAAAGUUAGUUCAAGGCAAGGUACUCAAAAUAGAUGUUUAUUGUGAAGAUCGAUAUAACAGAACUGUUGGGGAUAUAUACAGUGACGGUAAAUUUGUCCAGGAAUUCAUGCUAAAAGAAGGUAUGGCAUGGCAUUAUCAUCAAUACGACAAACGCCCUAAGCUUGCUAUGUGGGAAAAAGAAGCCCGUGAAGCGAAAAUCGGGUUAUGGAGUGUAUCAGACCCUGAGAAACCAUGGGAUUGGAGGAGAAAGCAACGAGAAGCGCGUGAGAUUCAUCAUUAGUGAUGGAGAUGAAGAAUCAAUGUCCUUGUAGGAAAAGAUCUGUUGGAUCCUAUCAGGUUAUAGGUCUAGAAGAAUUAGAGGUAAUUUUUCUUUUUACUCAAAAUCAUUUGCUUAAUUUUUUUUCUUUUCAUUUUUCAUGUAUUUUUAUUUUUUUAGAGAGAAUUUGAUCACCAAGAUACGUGGAUUGUAGAGAAGAAGAGAAGUCAGAUUCGAUCCUGCAAAAGCUGUCCAUCAUAACGUGGUGAAGUCGAUGUACCGAUUAUACAAUUUCUUUUGGCAGAAGGUAGCAAGAGGAGGAUGGGUACAAGAUAGCAUGCGUCUUCAAUCUCUGAAUUGAAAGAAGCCUGUCCAAGCCAAAGUCCCCUGUAGUUUCCUGGCUUGAUCUAAUAAUGCAACAAGAGCCAAGUACACAUCUGAGGUGGGCCUGCUCAAAUCUUUGGGACAUUUUUGCUAUCGAUUCAGUGCACUCUUGUGGGGCAGAAGUAGUACUAAAGACAGUGACCUGGUCAUGUUUCAGUACCUUCCAACCACACUGCUACUGCUCAAAAAAGCUAAGAGGAUUGCUGGAGGCAGACAUGUACAACAACCACCAUCCUUCCAUAACUAAGAUCUCUCAAGUUCUUAGCCUUUUUAUAUUACUACAUCACAUUACUUGCGUUAUAUAUAAUAGAGAAAAAAGAGAAGUAAAAAAGUAUUGAGUAAUAAUUUGAAUACCUUGUGUGGGAUUUUUU